AUUUUAAUUUUGCUCUUUAAUCCGUGGACAGACAACUUCCGGUGGGGUUCUUGGUUUGAUCACGUGAUGGCUGCAUGGAAGAUUCGAGACGAGAAGAACGUUCUAUUUCUCUUCUUUGAGGAUGUGAAAAGGGAUCCAAAGAAAUGUAUCCAGCAAGUCGCCGAAUUUCUAGGGGGUCCUCUCUCUGAGGAGGCCCAACAGCGAAUAUUGGAAAAGAGCUCAUUUGAAGGAAUGGGGCUGACCUACAAAAAGCUUGCAGACGAUGCUGCAAAAAGCGGGAAGGCGGACCCAACGCGUAUCGACGGAAAACGGGGCUACAUAAAGAAAGAGCCACCAUCAGCAUAUUGCUGUAAAGUCUUCGAUGGAGCUGUCAUCGUCCACUGUCUGCCUGAUAUCGGCUUCAGUACAUUUAAUGGAUACGCCAACGAAGUCUUCAUUCCCUAUCUCGAGAAGCAACUGUAG